GUAAGAGAUCGCUGGUUUCUAUGUAGCAAGGUAAAAGUGCAUCACACACAUUCGGAUCGACGUGAACGGGAGUACGUAAGAAAACCUCGUUCAUUGAGCAACGAUUCGAGUAGAUCCGCGCGUAAUCGUUCUCCGUGCCACGCAAGAAAUCGAUUAUAUUCUUACGGAGUAGUUGCUGCGUGAUCGCACUUAAGUGGUUGCUGACACCAUUUCUAUGUACUAUUACGAGAUAUCACUUAAAAAACACCACUAUCUAGUAAACACUUUCUCAAUCGCUAAAUUUAUUCUAUUUCGAAUGUUCAAUCUCUGGAAAAUGUCCAAUAGAAGUUCCAUAUUAACACUUUACAGGAAACUUCUCUUUUUUUCCAAUCCAAAAAACAUUGUUCAUGUCAUGUAACUUCCAACUAUUUUAUAUCAUUCAAUAAAACUUCAACAUUGUAAAAAUGUCUCGAAUCUAAAGAAACUUUACUCACAGAACUUCCCUUGAAUCCGGAGAACAUUUUCUAUCCACAUUUCACAUGUCGUGCAAUUUCCACGAGCAACUUCGAUUUUCACGUUUCCAUCUUUUUUCAAUUCGAAGAAACUCUACAGAUCUUGCAGAGAUCUGCCUCAAAAUUUAAAGACCGACCUUCACUCACAUGUCACAUCUUACGUAAGUUGCGCAAUUAAUAAAACUUCGAUGUUUACACUUCAGAAAACCUUUCCGCGUUUUACAAAUCCGACUGAACUCCGCGAAGACAUUUCACAAACUGUUCGUUCGUUCAAAAGUCAGUGCUUGAGUUGUACGUUUUCUGCUCGGUCCAUUGACCACCCCCGGAACUGGAUGUCCGCUACAAGCGUUAACCCCAUGGCGACCAAACUUUCGAUUUACUUGGACGUUCGACAUUCGAAAGGAACUUUCUACGCGGAAAGCACUACCGAUCGUUGGUGCUGAAGCAUACAGGGCUACGAAACCGUGACGAUGACCUUGCGGAGGACGCGACUCGACACGGAAGAAAAUUAGGACGACGCCACGCAUCGGUCUUGGUGGCGCACUAAAUGUCGCAAUCGGUCGGUCGCCGUUCGUCUGAACGCGACGUCGAGGAAGGGGCCCAACACUUUCUCUCGACGAUCGACUGGAACCAGCGGCAGCAGGCUUACGGUUGCCCGGAGGAACACUCGACCACGAGUUUUUACCAAAGGAACAGCUAGUUUAGCGUCACGUUUUCUACCGGUGAUCCUCUACAUCACAACUGUCACGUAAAACAGAUAGCGUUCUAAGAUGCAAAUGACAAAUGCGUGUUUGAUCCUGGGAUGUUGCUUCCUUGCGGUGACGUUGGUGAACGCGGCACCGGGUCCAGACGAACCUGCCUUCCACCUUCCGGUGCAGCUGAUCGGCUUCCCCGUGAUUACAGCCGCUGUGAGGAUCACUAAUUUCGUGAAGAAACUUGCGUACUCGUUGAAUCCAGAAACUUACGUCAACCGAGUAAGACGAGACCUGCCUCUGGUACACGACGAAGAAAUUCUAGAUGUUGGCAAAGUGGAGAAGAAGUUGAUAUCGGAGUUGGGCAGUAACGUUUGCGUUUACGAGAGAAUCUGCGCCAAGUAUGCGGCCGAAACUCUGCAGAAACGAAGUCGACAACGAGCUUUGGACUGGGAUGUCGUUUUCAGCGAGUACAAAUCAUCGCCGAACCCGAUGAAGGAGAAUUAUUUAUUGAGCGUGUUCCUGGGCGACAUCAUAGGAAGCCCGCGACUCUGUCAUCAGCUGGCGAAACGAGGGAGAGGCUGCGACGAGGCCACGCUCUCGGAUUAACUGUAAACCGUACCAUUUACGGAGCCGCGUACAGAUUGUAAAUAUCGCGAAGCAUGUUCCCGGUUUGCAUCGUGCAAAGGAUCGUCUAUCCUUGCUACAUAAUAAUCGUAGUUGCGUAAAACGCGACGAGGAUAAAAUUGUAUAGGGGAACUAAUGACUUUAGGACCCGUAAUUAAUUGUUAUCGCUUUGUUACCUGAAGUUCGUUGCUUAUAGGAUUUACUGAUUAAUCGUACUUUAUUGUCGGUGGAAUCUGAAUGGAACAAGUCGUCGAUGAUAGAAAGCUGUUAGAAUGAAAAGAUCCGACGAACAGAGGGCAUAUUAGUUUCCCUUUUCAAAACUAACGUUCCUUGCUGCUUUCGCCCGGAGAGUCUUUUAACGAAGAAAUGAUCGGUUGCUAAUCGAAAGCGAAUACUGUUGCUUGCAAAUGUACAAUGAUUUUCAUAUUUAUAGCCAUAUCGAGUGUUUUGUUAACUCUCUUGUUAAUUUGAAAUCUAUGUUAUAGAUGCGCAUCGAUAGUGGUUUCCUUUAUUUCGAUAGAUUUUUGAUGGAAAAUUUGUCUGAAGUAACGCAAUUGGUAAACUGAUACUUUUUGAAAUCCUUGAAUUCUGCGAAACGAAUAGCGACUCUCAAGUUUCGAUUGAUGUGUAUAUUGCAAACAAUGUACACGAUAUUAUACGAACUAAUUGCACGAGAAGUUUAACACUGGAUCUAUCUUAAUUCGUGAUUUUUACGGUGUAAAACUGGUACAAGUGUUUGACAGUUUUUAGUAAUUGGUAUUUCUAGUGUUAAAUAUUUGUACGUAUAACUGAAUUAUAUAGGAAGAGAAUUUCAAACAUUUCAAUUUCAAGAGCAAUAAAAUAUCGGAAAUGUCCUUCGAAUUCUUGCCAGAGCAACAAAGUAUCAUUGAUUAAUUUUCUGUUGAUUAAUGAAUAAAAUCAUUAAAAAAAAAGCAA